AUGAGGUACUCCUACAGUAACAUCUAUGCAUCUUUUGUUAGGGUGAAUACAGUACUUGGUUCAGCUGCACCACCUUUAACAGUUAAGCUUGUCCAAGCUUUCCGCUCUGAUGCUAAAGAUUCAGCUAUUAUUGAGAGCAAGGAGCUCCAAUAUGAUAAAAAUAAUGGAAUUCAUGUCUUGGAAAUUUUCCCAGAUAAUGUGGAUGUGGGAACUUAUGUGUUUGUUUUUGAGAUUGUACUUCACGAUUCUGCUGGUGAGAAAGUUUAUGCUACUGGAGGUCAAAUUCAUGUACCAAUAUAUGUCACUGGCAUUAUCAACGUCAGGAAUGCAGAAAUUGCAGUUCUUGACAGUGAUCUUGGAAGUGUUGAAACCCAGAAAAAGAUAGAUUUGGCUGGAAAUGUUGUUGUUGAACUCUCAGCUAACCACUUGCAAAAGUUGCGCUUAUCUUUCGAAUUGACAACACCUAAUGGUCAUGCUUUUAAGCCUCAUCAGGCAUUUUUCAAGUUAAAGCAUGAGACAAAGCAUGAACACAUCUUUGUGGUUGGAAAUACUGGCAAGAACUGGACUGGGAUUGAAAAGCUUGAUUUUCUUGGUUUAGUGGAGAAAUUUUAUUAUCUCUCGGGCAGAUAUGACAUUGAGCUGACAGUUGGAGAUGCUGUCAUGGAGAACUCUUUCUUGCUGCCGCUUGGUCAUGUUGAUUUAGAUCUUCCAGAAGCACCUGAGAAGGCAGCCCGUCUUCCUCCACUCCCUGUUGAUCCUUACUCAAGAUAUGGUCCCAAAGCUGAGAUAGCCCACAUAUUCAGGACGCCUGAAAAACGACCACCCCAGAACCUCUCUCUUACUUUCUUGAGUUUGACUCUUCUGCCAUUUAUUGGCUUUUUAGUUGGGUUGUUACGCUUGGGGGUGAACUUGAAAAAUUUUCCGUCUUCAGCAGUACCUGCUACAUAUGCCAUCCUAUUUCAGCUUGGCAUUGCUGCAGUCCUACUGCUCUAUGUACUUUUCUGGUUGAAGUUGGACUUGUUCACUACACUCAAAGCCGUAGGAUUUUUGGGAGUUUUUCUGAUGUUCGUGGGACACAGAAUUCUAUCCUAUCUCGCUUCAACUUCAUCCAAGUUGAAGUCUGCAUGA